AGUGCAACAUAAAAUUCACAUGCAAGAAAUCAGCUAUAAUUUCCUUUUUUUCCCCUCUCUCGUUUAUUUUUUUUUUUCUUUUAUCCCCACAAAAAAAGAAAUGUCUGUUGAACAAAAGCAAAUUGAACUUACUACUGUCGAGGUCAAGAGUGAUACUGCUUCUUCUAUCAAGUCUUUCCUUUCUGGUGGUUUUGGUGGUAUGGCUUCUGUCUUGGUUGGUCAACCCUUUGAUCUCGUCAAGGUGCGUCUCCAGACAAGUGAAGGUCUCUACAAGAACACGGCCGAUUGUUUCAAACAAAUCAUUAAACAUGAUGGUAUUUUGGGUUUAUACCGUGGUAUGGCCACUCCUUUAGCUAGUGUCACACCCAUCUUUGCCGUCAGUUUCUGGUCUUAUGAUUUAGGUAAAAAGAUUGUGUAUGGUUUAAGAGAAAAGAGCGAUGUGAGCAGACCUCUUUCUUUGGCUGAAAUCACAUUUGCUGGCGCAUUCUCUGCUGUUCCUACCACUUUGUUCAUGGCACCUUCUGAGCGUGUCAAGGUGUUGAUGCAGAUUCAAGGUCAAGGAGGUGAUCCCAAAUACAAAGGUCCUUUGGAUGUUGUUCGUCAACUCUACAAAGAAGGUGGUGUUCGUUCUAUCUGGAGAGGUACAGGUGCUACUCUCUUGCGUGAUUCUCCUGGUUCUGCUGCUUACUUUGUUGCCUAUGAACUCAUCAAGAAGGGUCUUACACCUGAAGGUGCUCGCCCUGAAGAUUUAAGUUUUGGUGCUGUCUUGUUUGCUGGUGGUAUGGCUGGUGUUGCUAUGUGGACAAUUGCUAUUCCUCCUGAUGUUCUCAAGUCUCGUUUACAAUCUGCUCCUGCCGGUACAUACAGCGGAUUGGGUGAUUGUCUUAAAAAGACACUCAAGGCAGAUGGUCCUUCUGCUCUCUUUAAGGGUCUUGGCCCUGCCAUGUUAAGAGCUUUCCCUGCCAAUGCUGCUACUUUCUUGGGUGUAGAAUACUCCAUGAAGGCCAUGAACAUGUUAUUUUAGAAGUGUACAAUAAUAAUAAUAAUAAUAAAUGAAUAAUGUUAAUCCGUGGUUGUACAAAGAUGUGGGGAAUUUUUCAUUUGUAAUAGCAAAUGAUUUUUCACUUUGUAUCACGCUCUCUAAAUUUCUGCUGACACGAUUAAAUAGUCUUUUUUUUUCUUUUCUUUUUCUCAUAACUCUCAUGUCUCUUCUUC